CUUGACUUAGAGGAUGGAGUGGGUGGACCGAGAGGCCUGUCGGGGCUGGGGCUGAUGUGGGGUCUCCUUAAGACCUCUCCCGUUGACCCUCCAACCGCUGAGUGUGGGAGAGGCUGCUUUGUUUUAGGGUCAGCUGAGCUGAGGCCUUUGGAGCCACUGGGGUACAUGGAACCUGAACAUGCGGGAAGUCAGGUGUGCUGCUGGUGAUGCAGGAGAAUGCUGAGGAGCUGGCAUUUGUUGGAGGAGUCUUUGAAACCUUCUCUCUGCCCAGAGCUCAGGACCAAUGCAUCCCACCACCUUAAACUGCACUGCUGUAACUGCCGUUGUCUUGAAAGAUUGAAUUAACUACAUUUCACAAUUACCUUCAUUUUUAUGUGAGAUCAGAUAAUUUCAGUAACAGAUGUUCUUCUUUUUUCCAAAAGAAACUUAAUUACUCAUCACAGCAGAGUGGAACUUAAAUAUGAUUAAAAAGAAUGAAAUUUACUGACAGUCAUGGGAAGAGGAUUUCUCCUUGCCUGAUUCCUUCUUAUAAACAUUAGAUCGUACUUGUGGCCGUCACUAAAACGGAGAGCCCAUCAUCAUCUCCUGUGAUUACUGAACAUCAUGGGAAGAAAUGAUUCUCAUCCCUCCACUGAGUAAUUUGGACAAGGCACCAUCUGAUACCUACCUCUCCGUGUGGUGCCCUCAUCCUGCAGUCUCCUGAUCAACGAGGAGAGCAGUUUGGAGCCCCAGUUGUAGAAGACUUGUCCUGUCACCACCAUGAGCUCUGAAUGUGAUGUUGGUGCUUCUAAAGCUGUGGUCAACGGGUUGGCACCAGGCAGCAAUGGGCAGGACAAAGCAACUGCCGACCCUUUACGUGCACGCUCUGUUUCUGCUGUUAAAAUAAUUCCCGUGAAGACAGUGAAAAGCUCUUCAGGCCUGGUACUCCCUCCAGACAUGGAUCCUACAAAAAUCUGCACUGGGAAGGGAGCAGUGACUCUUCGGGCCUCAUCUUCCUACAGGGAAAUCCCGAGCAGCGGCCCCACGAGCCCUCAGGAGACCCCACAGCAUGAAAGCAAACCAGUUCUGGACUCAGAGACUCCCUCAACAGAUGAGUGGAGGCUUUCUUCCAAUGCCGAUGCCAAUGGAAACGCCCAGCCCUCCUCACUUGCUGCCAAAGGCUACAGAAGUGUGCAUCCCAACCUUCCUUCCGACAAGUCCCAGAUAAUGCUAAAGGUUCUCUCCCCCCCUCGGCCUCCUCUCCCUAAAGAGGACCGCUUUGCAUGGCAGUGCCCCACCACCCCCAGUCCCUCCAAGGACUCCCUCUACCUGAGCUCACCAAAGCCUUACGUCCCCCCCAGCACCCCCAGCCAGCAGAGACCCUCACGACCGCAGCCUGUCCCUGUCUCCCUGGCAGCCAGAUCCACUCCCAAAGGUGUGCCGCACCCCAGGCCGUCGCUUCCAGGGUCCACGUUCUCCCGUGCUUCCUCCCAACCCUGGCACCACUGUGUGGCCACCAGGACAGUUGACAGUGAGAAUGUGAGCUCUAACCCACGUCAUGAGGCAGUUGGGAAUAAAAAGGUCAGCAGCUUAUAUGUACCUUGUUUAUCCAAUAACAUCUGCCGGGUGGCAGCGGAAAAGGCCUCUCGUGUUGCACGUGACCCAGCCACGGGCACUCCCUCGGAAGCUGCAGGCACUCGAGCACCGGCUCCCGGCAUUGUCCCCCGCACAGCCGGCACGGGAAAGCCACCCUCUGCUCCUCCUGACCCUCCCAAGCUAUUCUCUGACAUCCAUAAAGAUGCUGCUAACUGGGGUGCGAGUCCUUCCCUGUGUGCCCGGCCUCCGUUCCCAGCUGCGAUGAGACCACCACCUGUGCUAGGGCCCCAGCUUUCCUCUGCUCCCGAAAACCGGAAGAGAAAAGAACCUUACCUUUUGCAGCCGUGUUAUCCAGACAAGGACGCCACUUUCUCCAGUUCAGCCCAGCCUGAGAUAAUAGUUGUCCCUCUCUACCUGGUUAAUACUGACAGAGGGCAAGAAGGCACUGCCAGACCUCCAGCAUCUCUGGGGCCUCUUGGCCCCCCAAGCCCGGCGACUGCCCCUGCCGCCCCACUUCUGACCUUCCCGACUCUAGAUGAUUUCAUUCCCCCUCGUCUGCAGAGGCGAUCCCACCACAGCCAGCCAGCCAGCGCUCCUGGCCCCCACUCCCCCGUUAGCCAGACACCACCAUCCUUCUCACCACCUCCUCCGCUGGUGCCCCCGAUACCGGAGGGCCUCCGCAGAGCCUCGGAGCCUGACCUCACGGGAGCUGUUUCAAGUACCGAUUCAAGUCCUCUACUAAAUGAAGUUUCUUCAUCCCACGUUGGAACCGAUUCCCAGAUCGCUGCACCAGUUAGCAAGUCAUCAUCUGCCUACCCCUCUACGACAAUUGUCAAUCCUACUAUUGUACUCUUGCAACACAAUCGAGAACAGCAAAAACGACUCAGUAGCCUUUCAGAUCCUGUGUCAGAAAGAAGAGUGGGAGAGCAGGACUUGGCACCAACCCAGGAGAAACCCACCUCCCCUGGAAGAGCUACUGAAAAAAAGGCAAAGGAUGACAGCAGGCGGGUGGUUAAGAGCGCUCAGGACCUAAGCGAUGUUUCCAUGGAUGAAGUGGGCAUCCCACUCCGGAACACCGAGAGAUCAAAAGACUGGUACAAGACCAUGUUUAAACAGAUCCACAAACUAAACAGAGACACUCCUGAAGAAAACCCUUAUUUCCCUACGUACCAAUUCCCUGAACUUCCUGAAAUCCAGCAAAAUUCUGAAGAGGACAAUCCUUACACUCCUACCUACCAGUUUCCAGCAUCUACUCCUAGUCCUAAAUCUGAAGAUGAUGAUUCAGAUCUGUACUCACCUCGGUACUCCUUUUCUGAAGACACAAAAUCUCCCCUUUCUGUGCCUCGCUCAAAAAGUGAGAUGAGCUACAUCGACAGUGAAAAGGUGGUUAAGAGAUCGGCCACCCUUCCCCUCCCAGCCCGCUCUUCCUCACUAAAAUCAAGCCCAGAAAGAAACGACUGGGAGCCCCCAGAUAAGAAAGUGGAUACGAGAAAAUACCGUGCAGAACCCAAAAGCAUUUACGACUAUCAGCCGGGCAAGUCUUCUGUUCUGACCAACGAAAAGAUGAGUCGGGAUAUAAGCCCAGAAGAGAUAGAUUUAAAGAAUGAACCUUGGUAUAAAUUCUUUUCGGAAUUGGAGUUUGGGAAACCGCCUCCCAAAAAGAUAUGGGAUUAUACUCCUGGAGACUGCUCUAUCCUUCCUAGAGAGGAUAGAAAGACUAAUCUAAAAAAAGAUCUCGACCUCUGCCCAGCAGAGUUAGAGGCACAUUUAGAAAACACGGAGACACUUAAUAAAGCACCCAGUGCAAACCUGUCCCAGAGUUCGGCAAUCAGUCCCAGUCCGGAAAUUUCUUCAGAGCUUCCUGGAUAUCUAUAUUCUUCCAACUUCCAUGCAGUGAAGAGGGAAUCAGAUGGGGCUCCUGGGGAUCUUGCUAGUCUGGAGAACGAGAGGCAGAUUUAUAAAAGCGUCUUGGAAGGUGGAGACAUCCCUCUCCAGGGCCUGAGUGGGCUCAAGCGACCCUCCAGCUCAGCCUCCAUGAAAGAUUCAGAAUCACCAAGACAUUUUAUACCUGCCGAUUAUUUGGAAUCCACAGAAGAAUUUAUUCGGAGGCGUCAUGAUGAUAAAGAGAAACUUUUAGCGGACCAGAGACGACUUAAGCGUGAGCAAGAAGAGGCCGAUAUUGCAGCUCGUCGCCACACGGGCGUCAUUCCGACGCACCAUCAGUUUAUCACUAAUGAGCGCUUUGGGGACCUCCUCAAUAUAGACGAUACGGCCAAAAGGAAAUCUGGGUCAGAGAUGAGACCUGCUAGAGCCAAGUUUGACUUUAAAGCUCAGACCCUAAAGGAGCUUCCACUGCAGAAGGGGGACAUCGUUUACAUCUACAAGCAGAUUGAUCAGAACUGGUACGAAGGCGAGCACCACGGCCGGGUGGGCAUCUUCCCGCGCACCUACAUCGAGCUCCUUCCUCCUGCCGAGAAGGCUCAACCCAAGAAGUUGGCUCCAGUGCAGGUGUUGGAUUAUGGAGAAGCUGUUGCCAAGUUCAACUUUAAUGGUGAUACGCAAGUAGAAAUGUCCUUCAGAAAGGGUGAGAGGAUCACACUGCUCCGACAAGUGGACGAGAACUGGUAUGAAGGGAGGAUCCCAGGGACAUCCCGACAAGGCAUCUUCCCUAUCACCUAUGUGGACGUAAUCAAGCGGCCACUGGUGAAAAACCCCGUGGAUUACAUUGACUUGCCUCUCUCCUCCCCAAGUCGUAGUGCCACCGCGAGCCCACAGUUUGCCAGUCACAGCAAGCUCUUCAUGCCAGCCCCCUCAUCUCUACCCCAUCCCCACCGAGCCCUGUCCCCCGAGAUGCACGCUGUCACCUCUGAGUGGAUCUCCCUGACUGUUGGGGUUCCAGGCAGGCGACCUCUGGCUCUGACGCCACCUCUGCCUCCACUACCGGAGACUUCUGUCUAUGACACUGACCACCUCGCCUCGUGGGCGAGGCCUGGUUCCUCUCUCUCUCUCAGCCUUCCCCAUUCAAGCUGGCCAGACCGUUCCAUCCCUCGCUCCAUGGCUUCCCCACUGGCCCUGCCUCCCCCACACAAAGCCUCCUCCUUGGCGCCUGGUGCCCCGGCCUCCCUUCAUGUCAACGGGGACAGUGGUGUCCACGUGCCACCCCCGGGUGUCCGCCAGGAUAGCUUCUCGCAGCUGCUGCCGGGGAGCUCUGAUAGGGUCAUCUCGGAGCUCAGCAACGCCUUUAGCAGCCAGGGUAAGCGGCAGCCGAGGCGAGAAGAGCGCGGACAGUGUGACAGGAGAGCAGAGCGGGAGGCAGGUGAGAGAUGGCCCGGAGCACCCAAGAUUUCUAAGAAGAGCUGCUUGAGACCUUCAGACGUGGUCAGGUGCCUGAGCGCGGAACAGAGACUCCCAGAUCUCCACACCCCCGAGGAGAGCCGGCCCAGCAAGCCCCUGGGUAGCCCUUUUCCGGGAAGGGAGGCUGAGCAGACAGAGCUGCAUAGAGGUGGCGAGCAGGCUGAGAGGAGGGCCACUCGGAGUGCUGUGAGCCAGCCUUCUCAUCAUUCAUUGAGAGCAGGACCUGAUCUCACAGAAUCUGAAAAGUGCUAUGUGCAACCUCAAGCCCAGCAGCGAAGAGUCACCCCAGACAGAAGUCAAACCUCACAAGAUUUAUUUAGCUACCAAGCAUUAUAUAGCUAUAUACCACAGAAUGAUGAUGAAUUGGAACUCCGAGAUGGAGAUAUUGUUGAUGUCAUGGAAAAAUGUGAUGACGGAUGGUUUGUUGGUACUUCAAGAAGAACAAGGCAAUUUGGUACUUUUCCAGGCAACUAUGUAAAGCCUUUGUAUCUAUAAGAAGAUUGAAAACCAGAGAUUAUUUUUAUUGGAGGAUGAAGCAUAAUUCAUGAACUGGUCUCUUUAUUUAAAUGUUGAGUCAGUAGGAAAACUAAUGCAGUGGAUAAAAUGAGAAGCAAAAGAGAGGGACAGAGAAGUGUUGUGUCUGAAGCUGGAGCCUAUCUACACUUCAGUGUAUCAGGCAGGCCGAACUGAGGAAAAAGAAAUGAGGCAAAUCUGUAUUUACUUAGCUGCUUCUGGGAGCCACUCCAAGCCUUCCCUGCCUCUCCCCGUCUUGGGUAAUCUGACCUGUAACACAGUCCAGGAUCAGUGAGGUCAGAGACACCUUUUGCUGCCCCAGCCUCGACCAGCUCUGGCUCAAAGCAGUCAUUUAGCCUGAAGCAGCCCUCGGAGUGCCAGGCAGAUAGAUCCCCAGCCAUUCUCCAAAGGCUCCACACCCCAGCUGCCCCGGAGCCCACCGAUUUCCCAACAUUGCUAGAGAUCUGUGUGGGCUGCCGAGCCAUCCCUGGACAGUGACGGAGGUCCCCAGGUGACCCGAGACCAUGUGCCUUGCACCCGGGUACACGGGGAAAUGGAAGCGGAACGUAGGUGCCCUGUACAUUCAGCCUGCGUGCAGCAUUGCCCUGAUGCCCCAGGUGUUCAGACAGAAAAGCACAUGAGGUUUGCCCAUGGGAGUGGGGUGUAUUUGUAAAUUUGCAUCGCCAAGUGACUAAGCGAAGACGUUCUGUAGCUGUCAAGGUCACUUGCAGUGUGAUCCUUUCCUGUUAUCACCGACUUUUAAAAGCGGUCACCUGUAGCACAGUUUGAUUUAUCAGAAUGCCAAUACUAACCUUUCUUUUCUGGAUUGUUUUGGCCCGGGCAGUUUGAGGUUGAUAGGCGUAUUCUCACAAGAGAACCAAGGAUGGCGUUCAGUGAAUAUUUAAUAUACACUGAUGUAUGCUGAUGCCAGGGCCACUGACGAGCAGGACGUGGACUCACCGCGCCUUCAUUUUUACUCCCCGCAGUAGUUCAGGGACAGCUCAGGGUCAUGAAUCCCAUGCACCCUGGUGAGGCUCCUCAUGGGAGCAGAAGGCACACACGCAGUGGCCCUGAGUGCGAGGCAGCAUUUCUGCCACUCCUGGGACGUCUGUCCUUUGUGGGGCUACCUCUGAGGUGGGGGGGAACCUCCGUGUGACACCUGGAGUGCUUGGUCACAAUUCCAUCCAAUUCAAGGAUGUUUACCAGCCUCUCUGUUAGACCCCUUGAAGAAAUAGAGAAUGACCCACCCACCUGCCAGGAACUCCGAGGUGAUUGGAGAGGCAGACAUACAAAGAUACUGGAUUAAGAGAGACUGUGAUACGUGCUAAGAAGGGUAUGAGAGAGGAGGUGAUUACCUUUCCCUGGAGAGACUCUAGAAAGCAUUCUCGUAUUUCUCCAUUAGCUCACUCUUGAACAACUGGGCUGUGAGAAGAACCUUUAUCUGAGGGUAGUUUAUGGCUGGAAAUUCUCGGAACUGUUUCCAGAGUCUUCAAACUCUCGUCCUCCCCACAAAUACACAUCCAAGGUCACAAAUAGGAACAGCAGUUGUAGGUGGUAGGGUGUAUACAGGAACCCUGGCCGUCUGCAUAUAGCUCAUAAUUGCCCCAGGACCAUUGUCCCAAAGUCUGGAGUCUUUACAAGUAGGUGGAGAGUUUGUCUUCAGUGCCUCUGCCAUCCAUCUGCUACCCAUCAGCUGUGCACCACCCCCACCCCACAUCAGACAGCCUCAUUCUCUCCCUGUCCUCCCUUCCAGUCCCAGUCUCAGGAAAGAAACUGCCACUGAGUCCUUGACACUGGGGUGGAAAUGAGUGAUAAGAGGAAUGUGUUACUUCUUCCCAGAGACAUUUGUUUUUUAACUAGGACAGAGCAGAGCCUUAACCUCAAAAAAUGAGGCUGUGGAACUAACUGUGAUAAGGGAGUGCAGGUGGCGGUGGAGGCGCUUCCUGGGUAGAAGGAGCCUUUUUGAUAGUCUUUGACUAAGACUCAUUGUUUUGGAAAGUCCACUUCACCAUCCCAGGGCACUAUUUGACUCUCCCUGAAGGAACAUAGUGCAAGUGCAUAUGCACGUGCGUUUUGCACUACAGCAUCUCACUCAUUUUUGGAAUGUAAUUCCUAUAUUGGCUAACGUGUUUCCUGGUCUUUCUUAGAUACAAACCAUUAAUAACGACUUUAUCCUAAUAGUUUUUUUGAGGGGUGCUUCUUAAUUAAGUAGGUAAUUUUGAACACCUCUUUAAAUACAGCUAGAAAAUAAAACCAAUUUGUAAAGCCACAUUUGCAUAUGAUGCCAGCCUCAUGCAUUUGUAGAUCUCCAAAUACCCAGGUAUGCCUCACCAAUUUGCCCGUCUUUAACAAAAUCAUGUUAAAACUUGCAUCAAACUUCAGCUUCCUAUGUAUGACAAAACAAGGAACAAAGGUUUCCAAUUGCUCUUUUUGUCUUCAGACAUUUAGUAAUAUAAAAUACCUAUUUUUAUGCUGAAAUAUUUAUACAAGUUUAUUAAUAGCAAGUGCAACUAACUGGCACCAUGCCUUGCAACACAUUUUGAUAUAUUCGCCAUGCUUCUGGGUAAUAACAAGCCCCCAACUACUUAUCUUUUGCAGUCUCUCUCUGAUCAGUAAAAGAAAAAAAUCACAUGCCUAAGAGGUAGGACUGUAAAUAUGUAUAUUUAACUUUGUAUAGUCCAUGUACCUACUUUGUAUAGAAAAAUAAUUUUAAAAAUUUGAACUGAAGGGGGGUAAAAUAAGGAAGUCAUGAAGUUUUUUGCAUUUUUAUUUAAAUGAAGGAAUUCCAAAUAACUCACCUGCAGAUUUUUAGCACAAAAAUAGCCAUUGUAUUGUAAAGUGUUAAAAUUUCAAAUAAUCAUUCUGGGAGAGAAGGUAAUUGUUAUCUCAGUUAUAGGGGGUUUUUUGUUUUUUAUUUUUUUGGGGUUUUUUUUUUCAGUCCUAUUUAUCUACAGUAGGUAUUAAGUUCUUUUGCUAGAAUAGGUUACUACAAAGAUGAUUAUAUGCUGAAAGAAAAAUAACAUUAUAUAAAAGCAGUUAAAGUGUUGCCAUUUUACACACGGAGAGCAUGUACUAUGCCGACACAGAUUGUUCUAUUCAUUUAUUUUUCUUUAUUGCCGUGGAUUGAUUUGAUAAAUGAAGGUGUUGAGUUACUACAUUUGCUGUACAUAUUAUUUAAUAAACUUUAUUCAGAAUUGGGUGGCA